AUGCUUGCAUAUGAAUACUUACCUACGAUAAACUGUUACUUUUCUUACUCGUGUUCAUCAUCGAUCGUGUUCAAGCUCGUUGCCAAUAGCUCCAACUGGCUCUUUACUGCAGCAGUCACUUUUAUAUCGUUCAUACCACAAGCAUUUUUUCGACUCACAGACUCCAUCAACAUGGCAACACCACCAGUAGUAAACUUUAUUACUGGCAAUGCCAACAAGUUGCGCGAGGUUAAGGCUAUCCUUGAGCCCGCGAUCACCGUGCAAAGCCAGGCAGUAGACCUAGAGGAGGUUCAAGGCACGGUCGAGGAGGUUACACUGGCUAAGUGCCGCAAGGCCGCAGAUACGAUCCAGGGCCCUGUUCUUGUCGAAGACACCUGCCUUUGCUUCAAGGCUCUGAAUGACCUUCCUGGCCCCUACAUUAAGUGGUUCAUGGAGUCCAUUGGGCACCAGGGGCUGAAUAAACUCUUGGCUGCGUAUGAGGAUAAGUCGGCCGACGCGGUCUGUACCUUCGCCUACUCACCCGGCCCGGGCAAUGAACCAGUCCUUUUCCAAGGUCGUACCAGAGGCAAUAUCGUACCGCCUCGAGGCCCUGCUGACUUUGGUUGGGAUGCCAUCUUCGAGUACAAUGGCCAGACCUAUGCUGAAAUGGACAAGGCCGCCAAGAAUGCAAUCUCCCAUCGCGGUCUUGCGCUCAAGAAGCUUCAGAAAUGGUUUUCCCAGCAGAAGGCGAAUUGA